ACCAGAGAAACAAGAAAAUUCUACAAGUUAUCACAAUCAAAACCAGGAGGGCAAUACAAGUCGCCAAGACCAGAACCAGCAACAGCAAUUGUCCCCUGGAAUGGUUUCUUCUUCAAAUAAUAAUGAUUCAAGAGUUAAAAAUCCUCAACCCAUUGAUCCCAAUUCCCAACAACAUCAACAGUUGCUUGGACAUUGUUCAGAAGAGAAGGCUUGAAAACACCAUCCUCAAGCUACCAAGUAAUCAAAGUUUCAACAACUCAGAGCAACAUAAGUCUCCACUUCCAAUUUCUCCUCCAGCCAUAUCAAACAAUCCCACAUCACAGCCACCUCAAGUUAUGCAUAUUCAAGUUACAAUCAAUUAUAAGCUUCCUGUUGAAGGCACUCCUCCAGAGAAUGCGAGGCAUCAACCUCUAGAAAAGCUACAAGCUGUAAAGAGUCUAGAGGUGGAUCUGCCCAUACAAAAACAAGAACAAGCUACUAAUAAUCUGGAGAGGCAUAAGCCUCUACAAAAACAAGGCCAAGCUGUGGAGAGUUUGGAGGGGCAUCAGCUUCUACAAAAACAGGGACAAAUUAUGGAGAGUCAGGAGAGGUAUCAGCCUCACCAAAAACAAGAACAAGCUGUGGAGGGUCUGGAGAGGCUGCCCAUACAAAAACAAGGACAGGCAGUGGAGGCAGUGGAGGGUAUGGAAAGGCAUCAGCCUCUACAAAAACAAGGACAAGCUGCAGAGAGUCUGGAGAGGCAUCGGCCUAUACAAAAACAAGGACAAGCUGCAGAGGUUCAGGAGAGGCAUCAGCCUCUACGAAAACAAGGACAAGCUACAGAGAGGCAUCAGCCUCUCCAAAAGCAAGGGGAAACUGUGGAGAAGCAUCAGACUCACCAAAAACAAGGACAAGAUGCUAAUAAUCUGGAGAGGCAUCAGCCUACACAAAAACAAGGACAAGCUGUGGAGGCUCUAAAGGGGCAUCAACCUCACCAAAAACAAGGAGAAGCUGAUAAUAAUGUGGAGAGGCAUCAGACUCACCAAAAACAAGCACAAGCUGCAAAUGAUCAGGCAAGGUAUGUGCCUCCACAAAAACAAGGAGAAGUUGUGGAAAGUGUAGAGAAAAAUAUUCCACCUCUAAGAGGAAAAUUUAAGAGUUCACCUCCAAAGAGUGGAGGAUGUUGCAGCAUCCUUUGAUUUUUUUUUUGGUUGUGUACUUGCUGCCUUUGAUUUAGUUGUUCCUAAAAAGAGUAUCGCUUGGUACAUGUUUCAUAUAUAUACCUUCAUUAUGUUGAAAAGUACAACGCCCUCUCCUCAUCAGUCUAAUCAUUUAGAAUCAAUCAACUGUCUCCAC